AUGACGGGGCUGCAAGCGGCCGCUAGUUUCAAGUCGAAAAGAAAGUCGAGUCGGCGUGACAGGUCUCGAAGCCCAGUAGAGGAAAGUCAUCGCGACAAGGAAAGAGAACGCCAUAAACACCGAUCAAAGCGGCGGAGACACUCUCCUCAACCAGAAUUAGACGACCCCUCAUUAUACGACGACACUCAUCUUCCUAAUGCCUCUUCCGGUCAAUACUUGGAUCCAGAUGCAGCCUUCAGAGAAAGUCUGUUCGACGCGAUGGCGGACGACGAAGGAGCACAAUUUUGGGAGGGCGUUUACGGCCAACCAAUACAUACGUACCCUGACGUGAAGCAGGGUCCUGACGGAGAACUGGAGCGCAUGACAGACGAAGAGUAUACGGCCUUCGUACGCGCGAAGAUGUACGAGAAGACUCAUCAGCAUCUGAUUGAGGAGAAAGCUCGUCGAGACGGUGCUAAGAAGGAAAGGGAGCGAGCAGCCAAGGAAGGGGCCAAAGAAGCACGAGAAGCAGAUAGGUUUAGAAGGAAGGUCGAGGAAAGCCUGCGGAGAGGUGAGGAGAGGAAAGCUAAUAAGGCUUGGGCGGAGAAAUGGAAUGCUUAUAUUGAGAAAUGGGAGAGACUUGAGAAAGGAGUCUUAGGAAGUGUUGCUCUUGCAUCUAUACCUUGGCCUGUCGAGAGUGGCAAGCGGAAGGAUAUCGGAUCCAAGGAGAUUGAACGCUUCUUCUUGUAUGGACCAACUGCUGGACAACCUACUGAAGCACAGCUCAGUAAAGUCUUGAAAGCAGAAAGAGUACGAUGGCAUCCUGAUAAGAUCCAGCAGAAAUUGGGAGGUCAAAGUGUCAGCGAGGAGGUGAUGCAAGCAGUAACCGCUGUUUUCCAAGCUAUUGAUACCCUCUGGGGGGAGAUGAGAGACAGCAAGAAGUGAUUCAUUUGAGACAUGACAUGGCAUAACAACGGCGUUCAUAGAUAGGUAGAUACCCAAAAGUGUGCAGCACGAACAAUUCAAUAGG